AUGGCUAUUGAAAAGCCACUGUUACAAUUGACUGGCCAUCAUCGUGACAUCAGUGUGAUGACUUUUGGAAACGGCAACAAGCCAGUUCUCUGUUCGGCCUCUGCUGAUUACAUUAUCAUCUGGGAUAUUGAAAUUUGUCAGAAGAGAGUCAGAGAAGGGGAAAUUGCUACUGGAACAAUAAUCGCCACACUGCUGGGAGAAGUAGUUCAUCUUUCCUUUUCAGCCUCUGAUGACAGAGUUGUAGCAUGCACUGAUAGCAAUGUUUAUAUACUGAGCUCAAAGAAACAAGAAAUAAUUUCAUCUCUAACUGGUCAUCUUGGAUCAAUAACGUCAGCAGAGUUUUGUGCAUGGAACAAUAACAUUCUGAUUACAACAUCAGAGGACCGCACUUUCAAGUUGUGGGAUUUGCAGACGGAAUCUGUCUACUAUCAAUCAUUUGUCUUGUCCGCUUCUCCAUUAUUCAGCGUGCUUUUUUUGUCAGAAACACAACAAUUUUGUGUUGGAUCACUGGAUGGCCAGGUAUGGUGCUUUUCUUUUGCUGAUGAAGAUAAGUGCCGGUUGGUGACCAAGACAGAUCUUCAGAAAAUAGAAAAAAGGCACAAGAUGCUUCAAGAUUUUUUGGGACAACCAGGAGUAGUUACCAAACAACAUACACCAGAAGAAGUGGAAACUGCUAGACCUGUUCUUAAAAUGGAAUUGUGUUCUGCCAUUGGUGAAACAAAAAAAAAUAGCUGGAUAUGCAUUGGAAGCACAAAUGGCCUGUAUAUGAUGGACCCAGCAACCACUGAAUUGUUAACAGUUCUCUACUUUCAAGAUUAUCCUGAGCUAAGCAUCACCAUGGCUGGGGCUUAUUCCUUUUCUGUGAGCCAAGAUGAUAAUUUUAUUCUGCUGUUUGUGAGCUCUUUGUUCACUUCAUCCUUGAGUCUUCUGGAAAUAAAUUCCCUCAGCCUGUAUGAGACCUGGUCCAAAGCGGAAGGCCUCUCAGUGUUUCCAAGUUCUGCGCCACUGUUAGGGUCCUCCCUGAAUGCACAGCUAAAAAAGAAGGAUGUUAGCCUUCCUCAAAAGAAAGUGGGAAUUAAAGAUAAUUCACUGGUCUGUAAUUCUAAAGUGAAAUCAUCUGGAUAUACUACUGCUCCAAGAAGGAGUAUGUUUACUCCCAAAACAAAUGUUAAUAAAUGGCCAUUACCAAAGACAUCUAAAAUUAAGAAUUUUAAAGUCCAAGAUUACCCUGAGGAUUAUGCAUUUCCCAUUGUCUCAAAGCAGGCACUUCCCACAUCAAGUAAACCUGUGUACAGCAUGGAAUAUUCAGGUGACGGAAAACAAGUCCUGUGUGGUCUUGGCGACUGCUCAGUGUUACUGUGUCAACCCUCCCUUAUGGGCAACCCGACUGUCUAUACAGGUCAUGAUAAGGCAGUGAGCAGUGUGAGCUGGAGCCUAAACAGACAAUGGUGGCUCAGCUCUUCUGAGGACCGGACACUGCGAAUCUGGACCCACAAAAGCCCAGAACCUGCUGUUGUGAUGGGUAACAGUGUCUUCAUCAAACCAAUCCGGCAUGCGCAAUUUUAUUACCUGGACAAAUUCAUCCUGGUGGCAUCAGGACCCAUGCUUAAUAUGUAUCUGUAUGACAUUGACACGAAUCGGGAUGAUAUCAAAAGGUAUCAACAGAAAAGUGCUAUCAAGUUGGCACAAUCGUUAUCCAUCUCAGCAAAUGAGAUUACUGAUUUCUCUUCAAUCAAUGAUUUUGUAACUUAUAUUGUCUUGGUGUGUGGAUCAGAUCGCUCCAUCCAGGUUUUUGACAUGAACAGAGGUGCUGUUGCUGCACAGUUUCCUGAUGCCCACAGUCGAGCAGUUCACUGUAUUACACAGAACAAGGGAUCAAUGUUCAGUGCUCAGGCUCAUGAUUCAUACAACCUCUUCCUCACAAGUGCUGUCACAGAUGGGAUCAAGAUCUGGGACCUUCGGACCCUGAGGUGUGUACGGAGAUAUGACAACCAUUUAAAUCGCUGCCAUUCCUGCUCCUCAGCUAUUUCCCCCUGUGGACGUUACAUUGCAACAGGAUCAGAAGACAACUGUGCCUAUGUCUAUGAUGUUCGAAGCAGUAGCUACCUCCACAAACUUCACACAGAGUCUUCACCAGUGCUCAGUGUGGCCUUCAACCCUUCCACUCCAGAGCUGCUCACAGGGACUCUCAAUGGGACACUCCGGCUGUUUCAGCCCCACACCAGACAGGCAAGACAGAUACGCGCUCUAGGAGAUAUGAUACCCAGGAGUUUUGGCUUGCUGCUAAUAUCAAUAAAUCUCCUCCACGCAUUAACUGAAGAUGGCGAGCAGGAGGACGAGACACUAUUCGACUUAUUUGAGAUCAGCAACAUCUCACGCAAGACACUGGGGGCCAAACAGUUCAAGGGCCCAAACUCAGAUGCCCCUGCUUAUCGCUUCCUCCGCUUCGACCACCUGCCCCCCGUGAGCCCGCCCAUACUCAAACAGAUCCUGCAGCAAAUCCAAAUAAACGAGGGCUUCAUAUUUGUGGCCAGCAUCCGACAGGACCGAGGCUCUAGGGGCACCCUGAUCGGCUUGGAGGCCCCCAAUGGCAGGAGACAGUUUGAGAUCGUAUCCAACGGACGUGCCAACACUCUGGACUUAGUGUAUUGGGUGGAUGGCUUCCAAAAUGUUGUUUCCUUUGAGGAUGUAGACUUGUCAGACUCCCAGUGGAAGAACAUAACGCUUCAAAUUCACGGGGAAAAUGCCAACUUGUUUGUGGGCUGCAACCUCAUCGACAGUUUUAUUUUGGACGAUCCGUUUUACGAGCAUCUCCGAGCAGAAGGAAGCCGGUUGUACGUGGCCAAAGGGUCCAUCCGGGAGAACCACUUCAGGGGUCUUCUCCAAAAUGUGCAUUUCAUCUUCGACACUCCAGUGGAAGACGUGCUCCUGACCAGGGACUGUGAAGUCACCAAGCCAGAUGAUGCUAACAUUGUCAGUGAGAGCACUGAGAUUGUAGAUGUGAGUCCCUCCAUCACCACAAACAUUAUUGGUCCAAAACCGGUGGACUCUGGGGCGGAGAUGUGUGAACGCUCCUGCGAAGAGCUCAGCACCAUGUUCCAGGAGCUCAAAGGCCUCCGAGCAGUAGUCAGCAACCUCAUCGAUGGCCUGCAGAAAGUAACGGAGGAGAACUCAGUCAUGAAAGACGCUCUGGGGAUGAUGAAGAACACUAAAGAGAAAAACAUGUGCUGGCAGGACGGACGCCUGUUUGAUGAUAAGGAGGAAUGGGUUGUAGACAGUUGCACCAAAUGUAGCUGCCAGGAAUCCAAAAUAGUUUGUCACCAAAUCACCUGUCCUCCAGUGGCUUGUGCUAGUCCAUUGUUUAUGGAUGGAGAGUGCUGCCCUGUGUGUGCCUCCUCAGACGGGGAGGACGGCUGGUCCAUGUGGUCAGAGUGGACGGAGUGCACAGUGACAUGUGGGACUGGGACGCAGCAGAGAGGCAGAUCAUGUGAUGCCACCAGUAACCCCUGUCCCGGAGCAUCCAUCCAGACACGGAAAUGCAGUUUAGGCAAAUGUGACAGUCGUGUUCAACAGGAUGGAGGAUGGAGCUUAUGGUCACCGUGGUCGUCUUGCUCAGUCACUUGUGGAGAGGGACAGAUCACCAGAAUUCGUCACUGCAAUGCUCCGGUCCCACAGCUUGGGGGCAAGGACUGUGAGGGCAGCGGCCGAGAGACCCAGCGCUGCACGGCCAAACCAUGUCCCAUUGAUGGAGAUUGGGGUCCUUGGUCGCCAUGGGCAACAUGUUCAGCGACAUGUGGGGGUGGGAUCAAAAGCCGAACCCGCGAAUGCAACAGCCCCGAGCCGCAAUACGGAGGAAACAACUGCCUUGGACAAGACCACGACAGCGACAGCUGCAACAAGAAGGACUGCCCCAUCAAUGGAUGUCUGUCAAACCCCUGCUUUGCCGGGGUGGAGUGUAACAGCGCCCCCGACGGGUCAUGGAACUGUGGCCCGUGUCCUGCCGGUUAUCGUGGAAAUGGCACCCACUGUGAAGACAUAGAUGAGUGUUCCAUGGUGUCAGAUGUUUGUUAUAAACUGGGUGGAUCUCAGCGCUGCGUUAACACUGACCCAGGGUUCCACUGUCUGCCGUGUCCAACACGCUACAAAGGCACGCAGCCCUUCGGCAUGGGGGUAGAGGACGCCAAGAAGAACAAGCAGGUGUGUGAGCCAGAGGAUCCGUGCAAAGAUAAAACACACAACUGCCACCGAUCUGCUGAAUGCAUUUACAUCAGUCACUUCAGCGACCCCAUGUACAAAUGUGAGUGUAAGACCGGUUACGCGGGAGACGGCUUCAUCUGUGGUGAGGACUCAGAUCUGGACGGGUGGCCCAACCAGAACCUGGUCUGUGCUGCCAACGCCACAUACCACUGCAAAAAGGACAACUGCCCAAGUCUGCCUAACUCCGGACAGGAAGACUUUGACAAAGACGGUCAAGGUGACGCUUGUGACAAAGACGAUGAUAACGAUGGGAUUUUGGAUGAGAGAGACAACUGCCCACUCCAUUUCAACCCUCGUCAAUUCGACUUUGAUAAGGACGAUGUAGGUGACAGAUGUGAUAACUGUCCCUAUGAGCACAACCCUGACCAGAUAGACACUGACCACAAUGGAGAAGGAGAUGCCUGUGCAGUGGACAUAGACGGAGACGAAAUCCUUAAUGAAAAUGACAACUGCCCAUACGUUUACAACACUGAACAAAAGGAUACAGACUUGGAUGGAGUUGGCGAUCAAUGUGAUAACUGCCCACUGCUUCACAACCCAGACCAGAAUGAUGUAGACAACGACCUGGUUGGAGACCAGUGCGACAAUAACCAGGACAUCGAUGAAGAUGGCCACCAGAAUAACCUGGACAACUGCCCGUACGUGCCAAACGCGAACCAGGCCGACCACGACAAAGACGGGAAAGGAGACGCCUGUGACUAUGACGACGAUGAUGAUGGCAUCCCAGACGACAGGGACAACUGCCGCCUCACGCCAAACCCAGACCAGAUCGACGCCGAUGGGGAUGGAAGAGGAGAUGCCUGUAAAGAUGACUUUGACAAUGACAGCAUCCCUGAUAUUCUCGAUGUCUGUCCUGAAAACAAUGGCAUCAGUAUCACAGACUUCAGAAAGUUCCAGAUGGUUCACUUGGAUCCUAAAGGCACCACGCAGAUUGACCCCAACUGGGUGGUCCGACAUCAGGGCAAAGAGCUGGUUCAAACAGCCAACUCGGACCCAGGCAUCGCAGUGGGUUUUGACGAGUUCAACGCGGUGGACUUCAGUGGCACCAUGUACGUGAACACAGACAGGGACGAUGACUAUGCAGGCUUCGUGUUCAGUUACCAGUCGAGCGGGCGCUUUUACGUGGUCAUGUGGAAGCAGAUCACACAGACGUACUGGGAAGACAAGCCCUCCAAGGCCUUCGGCAUCUCUGGGGUCUCGCUCAAAGUGGUCAACUCCACCACCGGCACCGGAGAGAACCUCCGCAACGCUUUGUGGCACACCGGCAACACUCCCGGACAGGUGCGGACUUUGUGGCACGACCCCAAAAACAUCGGCUGGAAAGAUUACACAGCUUACAGGUGGCACCUCAUCCACCGACCAAAGACUGGAUUCAUCAGGGUUGUAGUUUAUGAAGGAAAACAGAUCAUGGCUGACUCAGGACCAGUGUAUGACAAGACUUUUGCUGGAGGCAGAUUAGGACUGUUUGUCUUCUCUCAAGAGCUGGUUUUCUUCUCCGACCUCAAGUAUGAGUGCAGAGAUAAGCCGGAGUUUCCAACAGUGUUCAUGAGAUAA